UUUCUUUUCAUAUUACCUAUAUCUCCAUUGCUAUACUGUCUUCAACUUUCUAAACCCUCUACUUAUUUUCCUUUUUGAUUUACUAUUCACUAUGGCCACUGAGCUUCCUGAUUUUUUUAUUUACUACCCUACCUUCCAUAUCCUUAUUUGUAAGGAAUGCCAUACUGCUCUUCCUAAGAAUAAGGCUGUGGAACACCUUAGGAAAGACCAUUUGAUGACUCAACAUCAAGUUAUUAACCUUGGCUAUCAGGCUAUCAUUGAGAGGCUUGAUAUCUUCCCUCUUACUAGGUCUCUUCACCAAAUUCAGAAUGACCAGCCAAUUGCUCCCAUUAAGGGAUUGAGCUCUUUUCAAGCUAGGGAAUGUAGUGCUUGUGGUGAGCUCUUUCAAUCCAUGGACAAAGCUAAUCGCCAUAUUACCAAGGCCCAUCAGCACCAGAGAGGUCAUGCUCAGUAUCCUACCAUUAUAGAUACUCUGGCCCAGGCAUUGCAGCCAAAUCGUUACUUUUUCAAAGUGCGGCUUCCAUCUCACCCUCUAGGGGACCAUGCUCCUACUAGGGCAGGCACCUCUAGUCCUUCACCAACCCCUGGCCCAUCUCAGCCACACUAUGCCCACCACGCUAGGGUGGUUGAGUCUAGUGACUCUGACAUUGAGAUGGUCUCUGCCAGGGAUGUCAAUACCUCUCUGAGAGCCCCUUCUGCCUUUGGACCCUCUGCCAGUCUUCCUACCAGGCCUGGUUCUUCGUCGCAGCCUGACUCUGGCAUCACCCCAGAUCUGGUGGAUUCCCUGCUCCGUCAGUACCAGGAAAUCCAGAAGCCCCAGCCAGAGCAAGCCAAGAUCUAUCUGUCUGGGUCUAGGGAUGAGCUCAAUGGAUUUCAGCUCCACACCAGGUAUCCAGAGUUCCUGCAGCAACGCUCCCUCCCAAAGCUAAGAAAUCUCUUCUCUCUAUCCCUAGAGCAUUCUGAUCGAAUCCAUGAUUUCCUGACUGCCUGCACCACCUAUAUAUUCGCCAAAGGCCAGAAGAUCAUCCCUCUCCUUUCUCGCCAUGUUCGAUGCCUUCUCAAUAGUUUUGACAUUGAGCAUGUGACUCUGCGCCCUUUCAAACCCCUCCAGGAGGCAGCCAGUGCCCAGAAAUAUGCCCGCGUGCUUCACAGCUUUCUCGUUUUUCUGUUGGAGAGCUAUCCCUACCAGGUCACUAGGGGGCCUAGGGAUAGGGACCUGAAUCGACUCUAUGCUAUAGAUCACAUGGUCAAGGCGGGGAUUCAGGAGCUCAAGGACCUGCUACUAUCCCCCACCCUAGCGGAAGAGGAUGAGGAGGCACCAAAGGCCUCAGGCCCCUUGCAGGCAGGCAGUGCCCGUGCCUAUAUUGGUGAUGACCUUGAUGGUGAGAAUGAUGAAGAGGAUGAGAUCGAUCUGGCCCUGGACCUAGGGGGGGAUGAUGGUGAGGAAGAUCUUGAGGACUCUGGUGUUCUCGAGAAGCUCGAGCGGCAGGCCUGGCAGGCCACCAGUGGUUUUCAAUUCACUCAGGCGGCAGUGCACGAAGGGGUGGCUCUCAUUGAAAAGCUCCUCAUUGACCUGGUCACCAGGCAUGAGUCAUAUGACAUGAAGGGCCCUAUCUACGCGUUCCUGGCCUGUUUCAGUAUUCACUACCAGGAGGUGACCUUCAAGCGAAUUGACCGCAUCAGCCAGUCCUACUCUGCCGUUAUCUACGCCAUGCAGCUGGUCGCCAUCAACCACCAUUGGACCCCAUGGAUCCGGAGGAUCCUUGAAGCGAAAGAGGAUGGGCAGGACCAAGCGCUGGCUAAUGCGGCCCCAUUUCAUGCUGUCUUCGGCCCCUGGCUGCAGACCUACUUCAAGCACCAGUCUCCUUACCCCCUUGGAGAUCUUCUGUCCUUCAGAGCCUAUGCUCUCUACUACAACACGAUCUCCAGCGUGCAAGGCAACCAGGUGAUUGAACAAGCACCCCACCACCUAAGAUUCCACCAUCUUAGUGUCAGCCGUCUGCAGCUCCAGGAAUUUUUCCAGAAGUCUACCUUGGACCUGGCACACUCCCUAGUAGGCUCGCUGCUGAUCUGGGAGGAUGCCCAGCUUUUCAACCAGAUCCAGCUGGGGGAGGCAGCUCGAUUUGAGGAUUUUGCCAUGGAGGGGAAUGGAUUCAAUUUCCUAACAUUGAAUGAGGACUACCAACACCACUACCAGCCCUAUCUCGUGAAAAAAAUCCUGGAUGACCCUACGCGAGCCAAAGAAUGGUUCAAGCCAGCUGGAAAUUGGCUCCAUCUCAUUCCCCUACCAGCAGAGCGAUAUUUAUUUAUGGCCAAGAAGUUCCUGCUCCAUCUGCUUGUUCUGGUGCACAUGACCAGUGGCGCCCCUGCCCGAGGCACUGAGAUUAUUCCACUCCUGGCAUCCAAUUCCAUGAUCAACCGCCGAAACCUCUUUCUGGACCCGAAAUCGAAGCUCUUCCUCAUUCGGCUGCGGUAUAGUAAGGUGCUGGCGACCACUGGCAUGGAGCGGAAUGCUGGCGACCUCCCUACCAGCCGCCAGGUCAGUGACACGCUCCGCCAUCGGACCAGCGCCCUGAUCGGCCAGGGCAUUCAGAUCCAUUCAUGGCGCCAUCUCGCCCAAGGCUUCAUUCGAUAUGGCAUGGGGGAACGGAUGGAGGGGGACUCCAUUGAAGCGCCAGAGCUGAGUGAGCUUGAGAAUGAAGCUCUAGCAGCCGGCCAAGCACACCACAGCGUCCGCACGGCCAUGCUGGUCUAUGGCCGGCCACAGGUUCAAUUUGGCAACCUCCCCAUCAACCAGCAGGCCGCCUACAUUGACUUCAGCCAGCGGUGGCAUUCCUAUAUCGGCAUGGGGCCUGAUUUCGACUUUUUGAGCUUUCUCUAUCAAGGGAGACCGCUGCCUCAGGCCCCCCAGGCCACAGCCAAGACCCCCCAGGGCCUAUCUACCAGCUCCUUUCCUCUCAACCAGCCCUGCCUGCGCUUCUGGUGGCAGAGAUCUGCCUCUUCACCAUCCCCUAAGAUCCCUAUUGGUCAGUUCAAUGCAUUCAUGGGCUCCACAACCCCCACAUUCACUCCAAUCGACCCCAAUGUCACUGAAGGCAUUCCCGAUGGUGACCCGCGCCUGGCCGAGCUGGAACCAGGCCAGCGACUGCGACUGCUUGCACACCAGCCAUUCCCUCAAACCCCUAGGGGCCUUCAAGCACCAGACCUCCUGCUUGGGCUCUUUCAAGAAUUCAUGGGAACGCCUCAGGCUGAAUUUCGAAGCGCAGAACAGCGUGAGUGCCUCUACCAUCUGCUGAAGCCAACCCCAUUCCUUCUCAUGGCAUUACCAACUGCUGGAGGCAAGACCACCCUGUUUCUGCUUGCUGCAAGCCUUGCCUGGGCGCAUACUACUGUCCUGGUGGUUCCCCUUGUUUCAUUGAAGCUGAACCUGCAAUCUAAGCUUCAAAACCUAGGUCUGCCAUGGGUGAAUUGGGAGGAUCAGCAUGAGGAGACCCCUCCUACCCGGCUAGUGCUAGUAUCCAUUGAGUCUGCUGUCAGCCAGGUCUUCAUUAACUGGGCCAUGCAGCUCUACCACCAAAACGCCCUGGACCGCAUUAUUUUUGAUGAGGCCCAUCUCAUCCCCCUGGCCCGCAGCUAUCGGGGGGUGAUGAAUGAUGUAAACCGCCUGAGCCAGAUCCCAGUCCCCAAAGUCUUUGCCUCGGCCACCAUGACCCAGCCUGCCCUGGACCAGCUCCGCCACCAAUUCCUCCUGCCAGCCCACCUUCCCCUGGUGGUCCGUGGUGAUAUCAACCGCCCUGACAUUCACUAUCUGGUCCAAGCACACCCCCCUAGGCUCUCUGGCGCCCGCCGCUUCCAAUAUCUUUUGAACCUGAUCCGUGAUGCACGCCAGGCCGGGCAGAUCCCCCCUAGGGGUCAGGUGAUCAUCUACCUUCCCUAUAAGGGCAUGGUGGAGGAGUUCCAUCAGGCCUAUCCCCAGGAGACAGCCUAUUUCCAUGCCGGGCUGCCAGAGGAAGAAAAGAAAAGGCAGGUGGAGAGCUUUGACCAAGGGCAGAAGCUCGUGCUCCUUGGGACAGCUGCCAUCGGGGGAAGGAUAUGA